UCCCACUUUUCUCUACUUGCGAGGGUGUAGUAUAAUAAAAAAAAAUAGUUGAAGAGGGAGGGAAAGAGAGUAGGAGGGAGAUGAGAGGGCAGAAAGACAUGUUUUGAGCACAGGCAACUGGCUGCUGAGACUAAACAGCAAGAGAGAGAGAGAGAGAGAGCAAGAGGGGGAGAAAGAGAGCGAGGUAAGGAGACAACGCUCCAGCUAGACACAAGAUGGCUACAGUCUCUUCCGAUUUAAAUGCUGCAGAGGACUCUUCUCUACCUGCCCGGCGCCUCCUGUUGCUGGGGUUCCAGGGCUCCGGUAAGACCUCAACUCUGAAUACCAUCUUGAGCCAGGAGAAAAACCCUCCCAACAAUUCCCAAACAGACCAACAACACUGGGUAGACAUACUCACCUGGCGGCUACUAAUCAUUGACAGCCCUGGAUGGAAGCUGGAAACUGAAAGUACAACUGACGAGUCGGACUCAGAGAAUCAGCAGUCCAUCACUGAUCAAUGUUCUCCUGGUCCUCAUGCACUGCUGCUGGUGGUUCCCAUUGGAGUUCCGUUCACUGAACACCACUGGCAAGGUCUUUGGGCCCGAGUUCAGGCACUGGGAGCCGGGAUAUGGAGGCACACAAUGGUUUUGUUCACCUGUGCGGACCAGUUGCCACAAGACAUGGGUGUGGAGAAAUGUAUUGUGGAUGGCGGGGCAGCGCUGCAGAGGCUGGUGGAGAGGUGUGGCUGUAGGUACCAUGCCUUGGAUAACACCUGCUCGGACAAAAGUGCUCAGGUUGCAGAGCUUUUGCAGAAAGUGGAGGAGAUGGUGCAGGAGAAUCAAGGCUGGUUCUUUGAAAUGGUGCGGCCAAGCCUUGGAUUUGGGGAUGAAGACACUGAAAAUGAAAGAGAAGAGGAUAGAGGUACAGAAGUGGAAAGGACAGCAGCAAUGUUUAGAUCCCCACCAAGAGAGUUACGAGUGUUGUUAGUAGGCUGGCGUGGAGCAGGAAAGAGCUCUGCAGGAAAUCUUCUACUGGGUUGUCGUGUGUUUGAAUCAGGACGCCCCACUGAGGUGUCUGUCUGUCAUCAAGCAUUGGUUGCUGGUCGGCGCCUCACGGUUGUCGACACACCAGGCUGGGAUUGGUUCUCUGUCCAGCGCACACCAAGCAACAUACGAAAAGAAAUCAAACUAGGGGCAGGGCUUCUACAUCCUGGUCCACAUGCACUCUUAUUGGUCAUCCCCGUAGUCUCCACCCUCACUCCCAAAAAGAGACAGGCCCUUAAGAGCCACUUGGAAAUGUUUGGCGAGGAGGCUUGUCAGCACACACUGGUGCUGUUUUCAUGUGGAGAUUGGCUGUAUGGCACAUCAAUUGAGGAUCACAUCCAGCGGGAUGGAGGCGAGCUGCUGAAACUGAUGCAACAUUGCUGGAACUGUUACCAUGUUCUGGACUGUACCAAAGCCAGCAAGGACAGGUCACAGGUGACUGAACUCUUGUGGAAAAUAGAGGAGAUGGUAGCAGAGAAUGGAGAGAAACCUUUCUUACCAGUCAAAUUGAACCAAGAAUUAGACGAGGAGGAAACGAGUGGAAGAUGCAUUCUGCAGUGAAGAAUAAGGUGACAUAACAUGCUAAUCUUAGAGGAAUGUAAAAGUUAUCCAAUUGUUUAUUACCCAUAAGGCCAUUCACACUGUUUUGCCAAAGUCAUAUUAACAGAAUGUAAACUGAAUUUGAACUGGACAUUACACUGCUUUUUAACUUCAUGGUUCUACUUAUGUUAACAUCCUUCAGCAUACAUAGAGGUACAAACUAGAUUUCUGACUCCUUAAGAAUUCGUCACUGGACAUUCACCUUUGCUAGAAGCAUGUAGCACUUCCUGACAUAAUAUUUUUUACUUGUUUCAUUCUGAUCCUGAGCUACUGAUACCACAAAUAACAAUAAUUCUCAAUAAUCAAAUAUUGAUACUCUUGCCAAAUGCAUGCACUGGUUUCAAUGAUGAUUAUUUAGUGUUAUGUAAAACGCAUGGUGGCAACAAACAGACUAAAUGGCCUAAAGGAUUCUAUCCAUUUCCCCACUGUAUGGCAGGACUCUCAUGGCCGGUAUUGUACAGUAUUUAUACAACCUGGUAGUUUUCCAUGCACAUUCAAACAAUGUAAAAUAAUAUUUAGUAAAACUGCAUUUUACAAAGUUGUAAUCGUAGUUAUUUACAUGUAGUUUGAAUAUACUCACUGUACUGCCAUAAAGUCUACUACAUGGGAUUGUGUGCGCCUAAAAUAGAGCUGGAUUCUCAAGUAUACAAUUGUUCUAUAGACUGAACUGAAUGUGCAAUUGAGCACCUUAAGAACAUUCAGGGUUUCUUUUUGAUAUGAUUGGUAACUAAUACAGAGGACAUGAUACUUACGACUGUGAUAUCAACAUUGUAUUCUACCUAAACACAUAUUUAACAAUGUGUGUUGAGCAUUCAGGGCAUGGCUGUUACUAUUGCAUAAUAAUAUUGAUCAUGUCUGCAAAUUUUUUGGCACAUGGUAAUAUGCAAUGAAUUCUCAAGUGCUUGGGCAAACAUUUUAGCCUCAAAAGUGGUUCAACUGAAGACACCCAAAUGACUAAAGAAUUUAGCUUUUGAAUGCUUUUCACUUCAUAUUAAUAAAGAACUUUACAGUGAAAUUGCCAUACUCAGUGGUGCUUUUCAUGUCAAAUACAACUACAAGUUUAAAAUUUCUAGAUUUGUGAAAACCUUUGAACUGAAAAUAAAUUUGAAACCAAAAC